GCAGAGGUAAAGCAGCUCCAUAGCACUGAGCAAACACAGCCUCCCCUGAGGCAUCUGUUGUACCUUGGGAGAGGCACACAGGAAGAUUUGUUUUGCUUGCAAUUGCAGGAGACCUGUCCAGUUCCUCCCAGACACCAGGACUCAGGCAAAGCCCGGAGGAGUCUGCGGACGCGUGCGGGUGCCCAGCUCCGUGCUGGGUGGGUUCCUGCCCAGACACAGACACAUCUGCUCUGGCCAGUGUCUGCAAGCUUCUCACUUGCAGCAGGCAGGGAGUCUUGCUAGAGGGACCGGACUUUGCCAUACAGGAGUCACUUUGUUUGUAGCCAGAAGCCACCGCGAGGAUGUGGCUGUACCUGGCGGCCCUGCUGGCGCUGUACAUCCUGCGCCGAUGGUACCGGGAGCAGCAGACGGUCGGGAACCUCCCGGAUAAAUAUGUCUUCAUCACGGGCUGCGACUCCGGCUUCGGGCACCUGCUGGCCAAGCAGCUGGACGGGCGGGGGCUGCGGGUGCUGGCGGCGUGUCUGACGGAGCAGGGGGCCGAGCGGCUGCGGCAGGCGACGUCGGGGAGGCUGCAGACGGUGAUCCUGGAUGUCACCUGCUCCGACAGCAUCGCUGCAGCCACUGCCUGGGUGAAGGGGCAGGUGGGGGACCGAGGGCUCUGGGGCCUGGUGAACAACGCUGGCAUCGGGGUCCCCACAGCCCCCAACGAGUGGCUGAGCAAAGCUGACUUUGUCAAGGUGCUGGAUGUAAACCUGAUUGGGCCGAUCGAGGUGACGCUGAGCCUGCUGCCCCUGGUGCGCAGAGCCCGGGGCCGCGUCGUCAACGUGGCCAGCGCAGUGGGCCGACUCUCUGUGACGGGAGGUGGCUACUGCCCUGCCAAGUACGGUGUGGAGGCCUUCUCUGACAGCCUGAGGCGCGAGAUCCGUGCUUUUGGAGUCAAGGUCUCCAUCAUUGAGCCGGGUGCCUUCCGCACGCCCAUUUUAGAUACCCAGUGUAUCCAGAAGGGCCUGGCGCAGGUGUGGAGCCGUACUCCCACGGAGGUCAAGGAGGCCUAUGGGCAGCAUUACUUUGACUACUACAUUGAGAACAUCCAGAAGAUCUUCUCUUCGGCUGGCCCCAACCUCCACCUGGUCACCGACGCCAUGGAGCACGCGCUAACAGCCCAGCACCCCCACACCCGCUACUCCUGCGGCUGGGACGCCAAGCUCUUCUACCUCCCGCUCAGCUACCUGCCGACCUCGUGGGCAGACCUCGUGUUGACCCGGAAUCAGUCUAAACCUGCCCAAGGUGUCUAGGCAGCGACAUCCCUGGAGCUGGAGCUGGAGCUGGAGCUGGAGCUGGAGCUGUGCUGUGGAGAUGCUCUGGCUGGAACGUCAGCAUCCUCAUGUCAUGCUUUGGCACAGGCAGGAUUCUGUGUUGCCCUCAGCCAGGCGGCAGCAUGGCUUAGCUUUGGGAGGGAGCCCCAGACAGUAGCAGAUCACACCUCUGAGCACAUAGCUAGAAGCUUUUCAAGGGUGAAGGGCAGUGGGGAAGGAGUCACAGGGGUUCUUAUCACUCACCGUUAUG